AUGGAGCUGCACCUGACUGAAGGAACUCGCGAGGGAAAGACAGUGACAGUACCUGGUCCCUUCCAGCACACCCCGGUAGAUCGCAAUAUAAGGCGAGUCGAUAGUGGAUAUGGCGGGUUUGAUGAAGCACCCGUCGCAGCCCCAACCACACAUACAUCCCCCAGCGAUGCCAACAACGACCAUAUUCAACCCGAAGACUCAGGCUCGCCAGCUACCGAGCCACAUAUCGAGAGCACAGAAACAGCACCGGACAAUUCCCAGCCAUCAUUUUCGGCAUUCAGCAAAUACGAAAGGUCAUUCAUCGUGAUGAUGGUGACUCUUGCGUCGUUCUUCUCCCCACUUUCCGGUCAAAUCUACUACCCGGUCAUGCCAACAUUGGUACGGAAUUACCACCUUACACCCGAGCUGAUCAACCUGACAGUCACAACAUAUAUGAUCUUCCAAGGCCUAGUCCCGAGCUUCAUGGGCACAUUCGCCGACACCGGGGGUAGACGUCCAGCAUAUGUCAUUGCGUUCGCAGUGUACACCGCUGCUAACAUCGGACUGGCGUUACAAAACAGUUUCGCGGCGUUGAUUGUCCUCCGCUGUCUCCAGAGCGCAGGGAGCAGCGGCACCGUGGCCUUUGGAUAUGGUGUUAUAGCGGACAUUACGACAACAGCAGAGCGUGGGAAAUAUAUCGGGCCUAUGGCUGCAGGUGUUAUGGUUGCGCCUGCGCUGGGCCCUGUUAUCGGUGGUCUUUUGGCCAAAUUCCUCGGCUGGCGCAGUGUCUUCUGGUUCCUGGUCAUUGUUAGUGGAGGGUACUUGGUGUUCUAUGUGCUUACUAUGCCGGAGACGGCACGCAAAAUUGUUGGUGACGGCCGUGCAGUACCGAACGAGUGGUGGCGCAGGUCGGUUAUCCAAUGGUGGUCGAAGAGGCAGACACAGUCUGAGGAAAGGCAAACUGAUGCAGAAGGGUCGCAACAACAGUCCUCGCAUACUAAGAGACUUAGGUUCCCGAAUCCUCUCAGCUCCUUUGUCAUUCUACUGGAGUGGGAUGCCUUGAUCAUCAUCUCGUACGUCGGGAUUGUGAUGUUCGCGAAUAUCGCUCUGUUAACAAGCACUCCUAAUCUCUUUGGUCCCCUGUAUGGAUUCAGCGAGCUCCAGAUUGGGCUCUGUUUCUUGCCCCUCGGGGUAAGCUCUUGCCUCGGCGCAGUCCUGUAUGGAAAAGUCAUUGACUACAACUACAAGCGGACAGCCCAAAAGCUCGGAUUUCCAGUGAACCGCCAGAAAGGGGACGAUUUGCGCAGUUUUCCGAUCGAGCACACUCGCCUGCAAACAGUAUUCCCCGCAAUGGCCAUCGGCGUUGUAGCAUUCAUCCCGUACGGGUGGGUGCUGCAGCAAAGAGUACACUUAGCCGCUCCACUGGUGCUGCAAUUCAUUAUAGGAUUCUGCUUCGUUGCGGCCCUGAACUGCCUCAACACCCUUCUUGUCGACCUAUUCCCAGACAAGCCUGCCACAGCUGCAUCGGCAUGCAACCUUGUUCGCUGCUGCCUUGGCGCUGUUGGUGCCGCGGUCAUUAGCCAAAUGCUAAGUGGCAUGGGAUGGGGAUGGUGUUUCUUUUUCUUGGGCUUGGCCAUGACUGCUGGAAUGGGGCUGCUCUGGGUUGAGAAUGUGUAUGGGAUGGGCUGGAGAGAGAAGAGGUUGCUCAAGAUCGAACAGAAGAUGGAGAAGGAUGCGAGAGCUGCUGAGAUUCAGAUCGAAGGAAAGGCCGAUGGGAGAGAACAGAAGGAUACUAAUGUUCAGGAAUUGGUUGCUGGUGCUAAUGAUGCUAAUGUCGCUGAAGAACCUAGAAGAACGGAGUGA